UUACUCUUUAAUUUAAAAUUUAUGUUUUUAAAUUAGUGGGAAAUCGCGAUUAAACUAAUAUCCAGGCCUUUUUUAAAUUGGAACAAGUCUGUGAAUGAUGUCAAAAUAUCGAAGGCUUAUCGAUAGCCCGAGGGGAUUAUGCAGCCCUGGUUAAUAUUUGAUGUCUUCAAGCCGACCGCUGGUGACCGUGGUACGUGCCGGACGCAUUAGCUACCUGGCGGGACUGCAGUUGCAGCAACACCUGGCUAAGUCUACCCAGAUCCUCGAUCCGCCCUCGGAGUUCCGAAAUUACCUGGUUUUACAGGAGCACGAUCCCGUCUACACAGUCGGCCUGAGGACGAAGGACUACACGGCGGAGGAUGAGCAUCGACUGCGCCAGCUGGGGGCAGACUUCCAUCGCACGGAUCGAGGCGGCCUGAUCACAUUCCACGGUCCCGGCCAGUUGGUGGCCUACCCCAUUUUACACCUGCGCCAGUUCAGAGCGAGCAUGCGCUGGUAUGUCGCCUCGCUGGAGCGGAUGGUUAUCGAGACGUGCCGUCAGCUUGGCAUUCACAGAACCACGACCACCAAGGAUACCGGCAUAUGGGUGGGCGACCACAAGAUCUGUGCCAUCGGUAUCCAUGGCUCCCGUUACGUCACCACUCACGGAAUUGGCCUCAAUUGCUGCACGGAUCUGCAAUGGUUUGAACACAUUGUGCCGUGCGGAAUUAUGGGCAAGGGUGUGACCUCGCUUAGCAAGGAACUGGAUAGGCACGUCACCGUCCAGGAGGCCAGUAGCGCUCUUCUGAGGAGCUUCGCCAGCGUAUUCGAAUGUCGCCUGGAGGAUAAAGAUAGAGCCAAAGAAAAUUAUGUUGCGGAAAACUGUUCAGAAAUUGUAUAACGUUUUUUAUGUUAAUUGCACAUUUUAGAACUCGGAAAUGAGCGCUAUGCGCAAUGCUUAUAAUGAACGUAGUGAAGGAAUUAUAUUAUUACAAAUUCAUGACCACCGUCAACAGCCGAGUCGAUCUAGCCAUCCGUUUCUACGCCAAAGUUUCUUUCAGUGUAAAAGUUAUAUACAUUAAUCUUCCCAAAGGUCUUCUUUUUAUUGCAGGAAGGAAGCUAGCCUCGGCCAGACGAAGCUAUAUACCCUUUCAGAUCAUUUUUAUUAAAUUACAAAUUACAAUAUGUUUAAUUUCGUAU